GUACAUGAGUCAUUUCCUCAGACGUUUAACGUGAGCCUUUUUCAUCCCUUUCCACGCCACAGGAUAUAUAUUUGAAGCUAAUAUUGGGUCUCUCCUAGCCAGACAGGAUUGAGAUGUUCCAUUUGAGGUUUUCCACAUUGCUUCAGGAGUUGCUUAAAGCCAACCUAAAGCGUCCCUCGGCCAGCUCCAGACAGACGAACUGCUGGUGGUUAGCGACCCGCCACCGCUGCUUCGGUGCCGCCUCCGUGGACUGCAGAUCUACCCAGCAGAUUCUCCUCCAUGGCCGCACACUGCGCACAUCAUACCGCGCGGCUCAUUUCCGUCCGUACUGCGCGAAAGCCGAAGGAGAGUUAAAAGCGGACGAAGUGACGAAGAAGGAUGGCGUCGUCAGUGAAGAAGCCGCCAACAAGAGAAAGAAUGCUGAUAUUCUGCCGAGCCUGGAGGAUUUGCUCUUCUAUACUGUUGCAGAAGGUCAAGAAAAGAUUCCUGCUCAUAAAUUUCUCACAGCACUUAAAGCCACAGGACUUCGCACAGGAGAUCCCAGACUAAAGGAAUGCAUGGAAACACUCAAAGAAACCCUCAGGAACACCUCAGAUGGCGUUACACUGGAUAAGCACUUAUUCAAGAAGUGUGUCCAGAACAACAUUGUCCUGCUCACGCAGGCCUUCCGCAAGAAGUUCGUCAUCCCAGACUUCCAGUCCUUCACUUCCCACAUUGAUGAGCUUUAUGAGAGUGCCAAAAAUCUCAGUGGAGGACAGGUUGCAGACUACAUCCCUCAACUUUCCAAAUUCAGUCCAGAUCUGUGGGCUGUCUCUCUGUGCACAGUAGAUGGGCAGAGAUACACAGCGGGAGACACAAAGGUCCCCUUCUGUAUGCAGUCUUGUGUCAAGCCCCUGAAGUAUGCUGUUGCUGUUCAUGACCACGGCACCGAGUAUGUGCACAGUUUCAUCGGGAAGGAACCUAGUGGCCUCCGUUUUAACAAGCUCUUUCUCGAUGAAGAUGAUAAGCCCCACAACCCAAUGGUGAAUGCUGGAGCUAUUGUUUGUACCUCCCUGAUAAAGCAAGGCGAAGGCAAUGCAGAAAAAUUUGACUAUGUCAUGAACUUCUUGAAAAACAUGGCAGGAAACGAGUAUGUGGGUUUCAGCAAUGCCACAUUCCAGUCUGAGCGUGAUUCAGGAGAUAGGAACUUUGCCAUCGGCUACUACUUGAAAGAAAAAAAGUGUUUUCCAGAGGGGACAGACAUGACAUCUAUACUGGACCUCUACUUUCAGCUGUGCUCCAUUGAGGUGACCUGCGAGAGCGCCAGCGUGAUGGCUGCCACACUCGCUAAUGGGGGCAUCUGUCCGAUCACAGGUGAACGUGUGUUAAGCCCUGAGGCUGUGAGAAACACCCUGAGUCUCAUGCACUCCUGUGGCAUGUAUGACUUCUCUGGACAGUUUGCCUUCCAUGUGGGUCUGCCUGCCAAGUCUGGAGUUUCAGGGGGGAUCCUGCUGGUAGUCCCUAAUGUGAUGGGUAUUGUUUGCUGGUCACCUCCCUUAGACAAACUGGGCAACUCAGUCAGAGGAAUUCAGUUUUGCACGGACCUGGUGGAACUUUUUAACUUCCAUAACUAUGACAACUUGAGGCAUUUCGCCAAGAAGCAUGAUCCUCGCAGAGAGGGCGGAGAACAGCGGCAGAAACUCUUCGGACCGAUGGACUAUGACAGUCUACAACAAGAGCUAGCACUGAAAGCCCCCCUUUGGAAAAAAGUCUCUCCCACUGAGUCGCACCAGGACACUUCUACUACUGUAGUCUAUAGGAUGGACAAUGUCAGCAAGUGACACUAUAAAAGGUCAACUUGACAUGAUCGUUCCUCCCACCCCUGCCACACCCUCAAAUAUUUAUGUAAAUUAUUUAGAGGAAUAUUUAUUGUUUGUGGUUACUGUUUGGGUUGACUGUUAUUGUUUUAUGUUUUUCCAUGAUGGGAUAUGAAAUGAGAUUUUCUGCAGAAUUCUAAAUGAAAUUCCAACUCCCGCUAGUUGCCUUAGUGUGUCAAAUCUGAUAUUCACAUUCUGAUCUUGUACAAAUACCUAUUUCAUUAUGAUUGCUAUUAGCGUCUUAUUACCAUUCAGUGGAAAAAAACUGUUCUCCUUUAUAUACAGACUGUAGUCUGAAACCAAAAAGUGUGUGUGUGUGUGUGUGUGGGUGUGUGUGUGUGUGUCUGUGUGUGUGUUUGUGUGUGUGUGUACAGCUUUGGUACAACCAAGCUUUAGACCUACAAGCUGUUGCCUAUUGUAUCACCUUAGACUAGUUGUAUCAACACAGUAAAAUAUCCACUCAGUGUUAUUUUUUUAAUCUGUGAUAUUGUCAGGUCAAUAAGUAUUCAUUUGUCCAUGAGAUUAAACUUCAUAGUCUACUUUUCAGAAUAUUUCUGUAAUUCAAUCACAACAAUGUAGCUAUUGUUUUUAUUCGACUGUAUAUGCUGGAACUUGAAGGGAAAGCGUUACCUAAAGUUGAAGUGCAGACCUUUACAUACUUCACACACACUAGCAACGUUUCUUCACUUUAUGAGCUUUUUACCGACAGUUCUGAUCCAGUUCUUUGGUUAAAGCCAAGUUUAUCUCUGCUAAUGCUUGCCUGUUGGUAUAAUUACAGACAUAAACUGGACUGAUGGACUAUAAAAUGACAAAGAUUGUCAUUGGCAUCUUUUAUUGACCUUUUUGUUAAAUUCAUUACGUUUUUAUAGAGAGAACCAGUAUGGGCAACUGACAUAUAGAGAUACCUCAGUUUUUGUAAUCCGUUUCAAACGGAUUAAAAACCAAAAGCCAAAGUAAUUUGACCGUAGACCACCUUUUAUGAUCAAUUUUGGUGUUCAAACAAAAGCUUAUCAAUCACAAUUGAUAUAAUAUUUAUUGACCUGUUGGGAGUGACUACCUCUGGCUUUUUGUACUUAAUAGCAAGGCACAUGCUUCAGCAUUGUUCGUCUUUUGCAUCUUGACAAAAAUAAAGCUUCUGUAAAGAUUCUUCGAAAACUGCUGCUGGAAUUGAUCUUUUCAGGAUUCCAACCCACCCUUUGAUCACUCCGCAGUUAUGUUUUUCCCUAAACUCCACAUGACUGAGUGUCAGUUCAGUGUGGACACGUAGUUCUAAAUAAGUGACCUUAGCAUGUAUUACUGCUCAAAUAUUCCCAGUUAAGGACAGUUUUACUCUGGUAAAGUUUUCCUGAAGAUGCUUUGCUUUUGAUAACAAACUCCCAUAUCAUAUAUAUUUAGGAGAUCUGACCUUCCAGUAAUUCGCAAUUCACGAAAAUCCACUACUCCCUGCGAAUAUUGCGCGGCCUUGCAACUUUGUCCAAUCCCCUCAACUUCUUAACACAUUGGCCAGUCAUUUUGGCCAAUUAAAUUUGUUUACAUGCUCAUCAACUGUCUAAUCAAAUCAUAUUUGUUUUUUGUUUGUGUUGGCAAACUAGAAACAGCAACAUAUAACAAUAUUUGAACUCUUUAUUGUUCUAACAAAUAGUACUCAUUCGAAGUUCAAAACCGCUUACAGUUCAGCGCCGAGCUUUCUGGUUAAUGUAGUAUAUAAACAUUUAUCAAGACAUUGACAGAGAUGUUGAAGUGUAAUGAUAAUCGCUCAUUUUCUUUCAUUUACGAAAUGAGAAUCACCGCUAUAAUGGCACUUAACAGUUUCAACUGUAAAACAUACAUAAAGAAUGUCUGCCACUUG